AAGGAUCAAAAUGGUUAUGGAAGGGUAAAGAUGAAUCUAGUGAAACGGAUUUGUUUCAUGGCGGUAAAGAAGAAAAAGAUAAAUUAGUGGCUAGUUCUGGAAAGUCAUUAACAUAUCCACUAGAUUCUUCUGUGCAUCUUGGACCACCAAUGCAAAACGAUCCUGAAAUUUAUGAAAAAUCAAAGGUGACUGCACGAACAAGCGUACCACAAUUAGAUAGUG